CACUUGGGGGCGAAACACUUCAGUUUGACUUUGUCUCCAUAAUAUUAUCACCAGUGAAGAAAAAACAGCGGCCACUAGGUGAGGAAAAUGGCCGAUGUGGAAAUGGACUUACAAAGGUAUGGGCUGAUUAAUGGUAAAGAAGAUUUGGAGAGUCUGCAGAGGAGUGGAAAUGAAAACAGCGAAAUGUCUGAAGAGGACGGGGGUGAGGAGGAGGGUGCAGAGGUAAAUGGAGUGAACCAGGAUGAAACUUCCAAACAUCGCAGCAAACACAAGAAAAAGAAACACAAGCACCGCAGCAAGCACAAAAAGCAUAAACACACAUCAGAGGAGGAGAAGGCACACAGGCGCAAACACAAGCAUAAACACAAGAAGCACAGGCGCAAAGAGGGGAUAUUGCCAUCCUUGGGAACCAUUGACAAGAAGGCUGAUGAAGCCUUCCCUUAUUCUGAGAAUCAGAAUGUGGAUGACCGGGCUUUGUUGGAGGACUUGGAGAAGCAGAGAGCUUUGAUCAAAGCUGAGCUGGAUAGCCAGCUGAUUGAAGGUAAGGUGCAGUCUGGAAUGGGCCUAAUCCUGCAGGGCUAUAAUUCAGGCUCUGAGGAGGAUGGAGAGGGACGGAGGCCCCCUAAUGGAGACCAGUGCCUGAAAGGAAGUGGGGGUAAAACACGCUCACCAAGGGACCAUAGUGAUAGGGGUGGCAAAACCAGACAUAACUCACCAGAUAUUAAAACCAACACAAAACACCAUAGCCAAUCUAGAGAGAGAGACAGAACAGCAAGGGACAGCAGAGGCAGCCGACUGAGUUAUGGUGGGAAAGAGACAGCCAAGGAAUGCAGCAGAUCCAAAGGUAGGAAGAGUUCACAGAGCCAGAACCGAUCUCAUGAUGGAGUAAAGAAAUCACUUUCUCCAUCCAGCAGCAGGCGCUCAUCAGAAAGAAAAAACGAUCAAAAGGGGUGCUCAACAGAGGGAAAGGAGGCAAGAACAGAAAGCCACCCUUCACAUGCAGAGGAAAGAAGGGCUACUCAAGAGCAGGACAAGCAGCGAUCAGGUUCACCAGCACACUCAAGCAAUCAGAGGUCUCAUUCCAAAGAUGGCCACACUGAGGCAGACAGAGACAAGAGGCCCUGCAAAUCGCCAUCCAAAGAUGCCUCAUCAGGAAAAGAGAACCACUCACCGUGUCACAGGCGGGCAUCAAGUCCACGGCACUGCCGUAGUUCUUCCACCCACCAGAGGGAGCGCCAGUUCCAUCAGGCAGCAUCGUCAGGAUCCAAACAUAGCUAUUCUCCUUCCAGGAACCGGUCCCCUGCAAGGAGGGGCCACAGCCACUCAGCUGAUCGCAGAAGAGAUUCGCCAUCUAGGAAGCGCUCCCGUGUAGAUGGGACUGGAAGGUCAUAUGAGAUUAGCCCAGCACGACGAAGAGUCAGCCGCUCUCCACUCAGACGAAAGUCUUUGUCCCCACGACGACAGACACGCCCCUCACCUAGAAGGCGGAGUCGAUCUCCUUUUAGGCGAAGGUCUGGUGAGAGAGAUCGAUUUAGCCGCACCAGGGUUCGCCGCUCCACAUCCAGAGAACGUGAGCGCAGAAGGAGGUGGAGCCGAGCUGAGGACAAGUACAAGGGGAGUCUGUCAGAGGGCAUGAAGUUGGAUCAGGAGUCAUCCUCUGACGAUUUAAUGGAAGAUUUUGAUGCUGAAGAGGAGGAUGAGGAGGCUCUGAUUGAAAAGCGGCGGCAGCAGAGACUGGCUAUAAUGCAGAAAUACAGGACAUUAAACGAAGACAGCAACAUGGGCUCAAUGGCUUCAGAGCCAAGCAGUCCCCAGAGUAGCAUACGCAGUCGCUCUGCCUCACCAGACGACAUCCUGGAGCGUGCUGCUGCUGAUGUUAAGGAGUACGAGCUUGAAAAUGUGAACACCUUUGAGGCCAAUGUGAAGGCCAAGCACAACCUCAUUGCCCAAGAAAAAGAGAGUGAGAACCUGUUACUUCACAGCAGAGAAGGAAUCAACCUGAAGAAAUCCUCUGCCCCUGACAUGUUUAUAGAAUCUGAUGACAUGUUUGCUGCAGAUUUUGAUAGUGCCAGGCUUAGGGCUUUUGGAGUUGGCAAAGACUUUAAGGAAAAUCCAAAUCUCAGAGACAACUGGACUGAUGCUGAAGGAUACUAUCGUGUGAACAUUGGUGAGACGCUGGAGAAGCGCUACGAUGUCUAUGGUUACACAGGGCAGGGAGUAUUCAGCAAUGUUGUCCGGGCCAGAGACGUUGCUCGUGCUGGCCAAGAGGUGGCAGUCAAGAUCAUCCGCAACAACGAGCUCAUGCAAAAGACAGGACUGAAGGAGUUGGAGUUUCUGAAGAAGCUUAAUGAUGCUGAUCCAGAUGAUAAAUUCCAUUGCUUGCGCCUCUUCAGACAUUUCUACCACAAGCAGCACUUGUGUCUGGUGUUUGAGCCUCUUAGUAUGAAUCUUCGUGAGGUCUUAAAGAAGUAUGGUAAAGAUGUAGGCCUUCACAUUAAAGCUGUUCGCUCGUACAGCCAGCAGCUCUUUCUGGCCUUAAAGCUUCUGAAGCGCUGUAAUAUUCUGCAUGCUGACAUCAAACCUGACAACAUAUUGGUAAACGAAUCAAAGACCAUUCUCAAAUUGUGUGAUUUUGGAUCAGCCUCACAUGUGGCUGAUAAUGACAUUACACCUUACCUGGUUAGCAGGUUCUACAGAGCACCCGAGAUCAUCAUCGGGAAGCCGUACGAUUAUGCAAUCGAUAUGUGGUCAGUAGGUUGCACUCUGUAUGAGCUUUAUACAGGGAAGAUCUUGUUUCCUGGCUCUUCCAACAAUCAUAUGAUCAAACUGGCCAUGGAUCUUAAAGGAAAGAUGCCCAACAAGAUGAUUCGAAAAGGUUUGUUUAAAGACCAACACUUCGACCAGAACCUAAACUUUCUGUACAUAGAAGUCGAUAAAGUGACUGAAAGGGAGAAAGUGACAGUGAUGAGCACUAUUAACCCCACUAAAGACUUGCUGGCAGACCUGGUUGGUGUCCAGAGACUCCCAGAAGAGCAGAGGAAAAAAGUGAUGCAGCUGAAGGAUCUGAUCGAUGGCACCCUGAUGUUGGACCCAGCUAAACGCAUCAGUAUAAAUCAAGCCCUACAGCAUUCAUUUAUUCAGGACAAGAUCUGACCUUAUUCUUGUAACUUUUUUGCUAUUCCACUGGAAUUACAGCCCUUCUCCUGGAUAUGUACCAUUCUCUGAAAGUUUACUUCUGAUCCCAGUCUGAUGUACCAUUUUUGCUAAUUUAAAUGUAAACAGAUGCUUAGCAGUGUUGGAGAAGAGGGUGGAGUUGAGCUCUUAAGAAAGCAGAUAGAGGGUUCUUAACCACAGCACUGACAUUAGACUGAACCAACAAACUAUAUCUUAGAAUGUUUGGAAUUAUUGGAGAUUUUUUUCUUUUUGUUUGGUUUAUAAGCAUUUCUUGUUCUGCUUAUUACAUUCUUUGAAUGAUCAGUUUUUUAUUGCAAGUAAUCCAUUUGUAAUUACAUGUUCACAUGAGACAGAGGUUUUUUCUGCUAUUAGGUUUUGAUUUAUCACCUAUUUAAACUGUGGAUGUUGUCUGUGACAACUUGGUGGAAACAACAGUAAGGACUGGUUAUUAAGAUGUUGAAUAUGCAUGCACAUAUAUAAGCAGUGUGAACAUGAAAGUGCCAUUGUUCGCAUACUUGCCGGCAUUGCGUAUGUACAUCUGGAAGAUUAAAAGCAACAUCCACUAUAUCAUGUGCCAAACAUGAAA